AUGCUCACUCCAGAGGACUCUGCUGUACUACGACGACUCGCUAAUAUGACGAAUGAUGAAUGCGUACCGGAAAAACACCUCGAUUCUGAGGAUAGAAUCGUUCAACGGCAGCUGGAGUUCUCGCUCUUGACUCCGGAGCGCAGGGAGCGCGAACAUAAGAACUUGAAGGAAACGCGCGGCACUAGAGCACCCGGGAACCAGUGCACCCUGUCCAAUACCCGUACCGAAAUCGAGUCGUCGUCAAACGCGAGGAAUCACGGAAAGCGUCAUACGUCACGAACCGGGCGUGCAGUGCUUCGAGAGCUGCAGAACCAACCUUCGGAACUCGCGCCGGCGGGAAAACCCGCAACCCCAGGAGGCACAGCCUGUUUUGCAACACCGAGCCGCCCUGGAACCAAGUCUCGGAAAGCCUCGGCCCGCAAUCAGCAGAGUCGACGCCGUCCAGUCCGCGCACCCGGGCAAGGAACGACCAAAGAAGCCGUGGUGGUCGCUGACAAGUCCCGAUGGUCCCGAGCGCGCACGCUCGAGGAACAGGGUUCACCCGGCGACUUUCGCUCCCUCAUCGAAGAGAGCCCUCGGCAUAUUCUGAGGAGGCCCUUUGAGCCGUCGCAUCCACAUUGGGAGAUUUUGCGCUUGAGAGAAGCACUCGAAAAGGAGAAAGAACGAGCCCAAGCCCAAGAGGCCUACGCUGCAAGCGAACGUGCAGAACGCUGCGCCACCGAGAUGGCGUAUCAUCGACUCUUUCAAGAAUGUAACAGUUUGCGCCAGAAUGUGAAUCACCUUGAGCAAGCGUUGCAAAUAUUACAGGUUGAUUUACAGGAAGGCUUGAACGACCUCGUCCGGUGCCCCGAAAGCUAUCGAACGACCAUCGAGCAUCGCCUGCGAGAAAUGAUGGAUACUGUUCAGGUAGCGAUCUAUGCACUGCGGAACCAAACCGCUUACGUGCGCCAGCCGCUCGCUGCGUCACAAGGCAUGCGCUCCUCGAGGACGAGAAACGAUGUGACAUCCCCGGAUCACGCACCUCUGGUUUCCUCGCCUCAUGAUUCUGAACCUUGGCAUGUUUGGUGGCCAGCACAGCAGCUGAGUCCUCCUCGAGCAGCAGCGCAUCUGGAUCCACGUGAGGAAUCGUCGCCAGAUGCUUCUAAGCUGCGCUCAUCCGGAUCGCCAUGUGCCGCGCAAGUCUCUCGACAGGCAGUGAAAGCUGAUGAGCGCAGCGUGUUAUCUACUGCGCAAGCACAUGUACACAUGGAGCCUGUGGAUCCUUGCACGAGUCGUGUUCCGUCGAAUAGGCCACAUGCAGCAGCGGGAGCUAAGCGAGAAGGGGCACCGCUCGUGAUGCCUCCUCCCAAUCAAGUCGCGUCACCGGAAUCAUCAUGUGACGGUAUGCCGGCCCCUGAACUGCUCCUUUUCGGAAACGUGCAGUCUACAGCAGCGCCCCAGACAAAAGAGUCCGGUUCAAAAAGCGAUACGCAUAACAUCCAUGGACUCUUGGUACACCUCGACGCUUCGUAA